UUGCCAAUUCUAUGCAUGUUUUUUUUAUAUAAUUUUUAGUACAUAAACAUGGAUUUACCAUCUGAUGCCAUAGUUGUACGAGAGUUGGAAUCAUCGCCUUCAGUUAAGCUGAAAUCACAAACUUUACGGGAACAAAAUGGGUCAGCUAGCUCUCCAGCAAAUAGUACCAGAUCUUUAUUUGUUGGAAAGGCACACCCUUCUCCGCCACCUAUUCACACUAACUACUCAGUACCCAAUUUAUCUUCCCUUUCACCUGGGUAUAUGUCACAGGUGAGUCGUAGCAUGGAGAGACUCACUUUGCAACCGGGAAGAAAAGAUUCUGGAAAUUUAGCUCAUUUAACUGGACAUAUAACAUCUGUGCCACAGAUUCUUCUAAAAAAUAAGAAAAGUUUAGAUGAAGAGUCAAAAGUUUUAUCUGUAGAUUGGUGCUUCGACUCAAAACACUUAGUCACAAGUUUACAAAGUGGUCAUUUGUGUAUUUGGGAUACUAUGGCAAAGGAAAGAGUUCAAAUAAUACAGACCCCUUGUACAUGGGUUUUUGCAGUCUCAUAUUCGCCAAGUCAAAAUUUUGUAGCAGCUGGUGGUUUAGAUAGUAAAUGUGACUUGUAUAAACUUCCCAGAGGUAAGCAGACAACCAUUGAAAGUCUGCAUGUUGCACAACACCAAAGUUACGUUCUUGAUUGUUCGUUCACAACUUCAGAUCAUCAGAUACUCACUGCCAGCAGUGACUCAACAUGUGCUCUGUGGGAUGUUGAAUCUGCACAAAUGAUCAGAGAAUUUAAGGGCCAUUCCUCAGAUGUCAGAAGUCUUGAUUUUCAAAAGUCGACAGGAUAUUGCUUUCUUAGUGGUUCUGCAGAUAAACAAUUAGGAUUAUGGGAUAUGCGCACAGGUAACUGUGUGCAAUCAUUUUUAACUCAUACAGAUGAAGUUAACCAGGUUAGGUUUUUCCCUAACGGAGAGGCACUAGCUUCUGUUUCUGACGACAUGACUUGUAGACUUUUUGAUUUACGAAUGGACGUAGAGAUUGCUAUAUAUAAAAGAAACAGUGUACUUUUUCCAGCAUGUUCCCUGGAUUUUUCAUUAAACGGAAGGUUGUUAUUUGUUGGCUACAGUGAUCAUUCAUUUCAUGUAUGGGACACACUAAAGAGUGCACAUUGUGGUUCCAUGUAUUCCCAUGAGAACAAAGUAAACUGUCUAAAACUUUCUCCUGAUGGUUCCUGUUUGGCCACAGGGAGUUGGGAUCAAACUGUGAAGCUAUGGUCUUAGUUGUUUUCAAUUUUUUUUAUUUUUUUUUAUUUUUACUUUAAAUUGUCUUUAUGUCAAUAUUGAAGUUCAAUAUUGCUAAUAAAUACAGUCACCCUGAAACACUAUUCACCAAAAUUUUCAAUAUUGAAUAUAAUUCUAUUUUGACUUCCUCUAAUUAGAAUUUCCCAAUGUCCGAGGCCAAUCUAGGGAAUUAUUUUGGACAUUGGGACAUUUUUUAUAAUUUAUGAUCAGUAAAAUCCUUAAAAAUUCCAAAGAAACAAGAAAUUUCUCAUUUUAUUUUAAAUUUCUCUCUAUUUUGGGUGCUAAAAUUUAAUGUUGACAAAAUUGAUAUACCAAUGUCUAAAUUAACCUGGAUCAGUUCCCUGACUGCCUUUUUCUUUCUUUUUUUUAAAAAGUAACACUUAAAAAACAUUUAACUUUCACUAUUGCUUUAUACAAGUUUGGCUGUAUAAUGUGUUCUCUAUGAAGUGUGAUUUUUAAAAGAAACACACUACAGAUUUGGAGGAACAUUUCAAGGCUGUGUAGAUAUCUUGACUUUAGUAACUUGUAAUUUGAUUACACUGAUAUUUAAUUUGCUAUGUUCUGUUUAUUUUGAAUCCAUACAUUAAUUUUUUUAAAGAUAUUGAAAUUUGUCCAUUAAUCUUAAGAAAGCAUAUCUAAAGUCAUCUUUUUACCAGUGGUGUCUUUGCAGUUUCAUCUUUGUUAUUCUGACUAGUUCUAAAGUUCUCAUUAUGAUUCAAUCAUAUGCAUAUAAAUACAGCCUUUCUAAUUUCAAUUUAUUUAACGAUUUACUUGCUUAAUGUCAGCAAACUUGUCUUUCGUGUGUGAUUUGUUUUGUGAUAUCACAUUCCAAGAAAAUGAUUUACCAGUAAAUUUAGUGAGAAAAUGAGAGAAAACUUUAGAGUGCUGACAUGAAUUAGAAAGGCACGUCUUUUGGGUAAAUGUUUUUUUAUACACAAAACAUGAAAGAAUAGUAUAUAUAUUCUUUGUGUCCUUGCUGGCAAAGACUAAAUUUAUGAAAGCACAUCAGAACCAUUUUGAAAUAUAUAUACAUAUUAUAUAUAUAUAUAUGAUGUAUUGAUAUAUAUCAAGUUUUGUAGUAAGAGUUCAUGUUGUAAUUAAUGUCGAUUUA